AUGGGGUUCGCAUCCCGGAGUCAACUUCAAAAUCACAAGAGCGUUUGUCAUCUGAAUGCCCCUCUGAAGGCUAUCCAGAUGGUGCAAUCUCCAGAACAGGAUGAGAUCGUGCCUCUGAUCUCGGAUAUCAUCGCGAUGGGAAUGACGGCCGAAUUGAAGGCACUCCUGCCACGAUGCUUGAACCUAAUUUCAGAUCCCAUGUUGUCUACGCUUGCGAGAGAAUCAGAAUUCUGCGGAAAAUUGGAGAUUUUUCGAUAUCCCUGGGAGCAACGCAAUUUUCAAUACAUGGGCGUGGAUCAACAAUCCUUUAUUCGCUCAUAUGCUUCUGAGGCAAUUAUGGGCAAAAAUAUCGAAGUGCUAGAGUACCUCGCUCCAAGAAUCGCUGUGACCGAUAAAGAUAACAGUAAUGAUCUGAGGACCUACAUGCGACUCGGUGCGAGUUCAGACUCUUCGCGUAUCUUCAAUAUAUGGAAAAAGCAAGCACGUGAAUGGAACUCUGACUGGCUUAUUAAAGAAUGGCUUGUUAGAUUUUUGACGAAGCCUACUAUUCAAGAGCGCUUUGCAGAUCUAUUGGAAGCAGAAGCUUCUCGCGGCCGUUUCUCACCGUUUCAGCUAAGCGCUGUGUUGAAAAUUAUAGCCUCAACGACUUGCGCUCCUUCAAUAGCACGCAUAUUGCUCAAACAUGGAGCGGAUGUAGAUUACAGGACCAGGAAAUUCUCAGGAAGGGAACUUAUAAAGACCCCACUGUUAGCAGCAGCGAGCAAGACCACAAAAGACGCAGCCGAGCUGAUGAAAAUUCUGCUUCUUGUAGGUGCAGAUCCGAAUGCAUCUUAUUAUCAACGAACGCAGAAAGCAUUUUAUCAUCGACGAACGAAGCACAGUGAACCUACAUUUGUGGGCAUGGAGGUCGGAGCCAGGCAAAUUUCGAAAUGGCUACAGAUCAGCUGGACCGAGCUUGUUGAAUGGGCAGCGGCGAAGCGAUCAAAGAAUUUACAAGCCGAUGACAACCGUCCUGUCGACUCGUAA